AUGGAGGGUCUUCUACCUCUUGUAUUAAAAGCAGUCAAGAAAAACCGAACAAGACGACAAUACGAGUGUCUUUCAUCAGCAACCUACAACAUCAGUAUGUCUGAGAUCUAUCCUCAAAAUCAACCACUCCAUCAUCACAACCAGAUACCUAAUUCAGACAAAAAUAUUGGUCACCGGAGAUGCAAAACUGUCGGUAACGGUUUCCAGUUUCCCGAUCAGAUAUUAUCUGGUUCUGUUUCUGUUUCUCCUCCAAAAAAUCUUGAUAGGCCUAGGAGUCAUAGAAUGUUUUCAUGUUUAACUGGUGGUUGUUGA